CAUCAAUCACUCAAGACUCAAACACCAUAGGCCAAAUUGUGGAAUUAGGAAUUAGGUUAUGCUUGUAGUUAACGAAAGUUAGUUGAGUGAUACAUGAUUAUAGGUGAAAGAAUUAUGGGAUUGGAUUCUGAGUGAGCACAUAAAACAAUCACUGCCUAAUAUUAUUGUUAUUAUUAAUGCACUGAAGAAGGGUUGAUCACAUAUACUAAAUAUUAGGAUAGAAUGAGUUCUGAUGAAGAGAUUUUGACAGUGAGGAAGAAAAAAUAUGUGGUUGACAGUGAUUUGAGUGACACAAAUGAAAAUGUGGGAAAGCAGGAAUUAGAUGAUAAUAGUAAUGACCAAAAUGAUACAUCAUAUCAAUCUCCAAAAAAGAAGAAAAAGAAAACUAGGAGGUUGAAAACUAUUGGCAGCAGCUCAGAGAGUGAUGAUGAUGAUAAUGAUUCAAUACUAAAGAAUGUUAAACAUAGUUCAACUUCCAAUAUAUCACCUAUUAAAAAUGGUGACAUCUCACAAGAGGAGGAGAAUCAUUCAAGUGGUAAUAAUGAAUCAGUAUUAUCAGGAAUGAAGGAAACACAACUGUCAAAGAACUCGUGGUACAAGAACAGUGAUUUAUUUACAGAUGAAAGCUCUGAUGAAGAUAAUGUUCAAAAGAAGGGGUCUUAUAAAGGCAGCGGAGAUGAAAGGGCAAAUUCUAGUGAUGAUGCUACUUCACAUGACAAGGAACAUGCAUCUUCUGAAGAUGAAGAACUUGAACUGGAAAAAACCAUUGGACGUUCACCUUCUCCUCCAACCUCACCCCUAAAGGAAAGGAAGUCCAAAAAAAAGGCACUUGAUGAGAUGGAAGAGAUCCGGAAAGAAUCCCAACGCAUGAUAAGAGAAACUCCGGUAGCAAUUCCAUAUCAUAGACCAAGACAACGUACUCUGGCCGAGUUCAGAGAAAGGAGAAAGGCUACUCCGAAAAUAUCACUUCAUACAUCUGCUGAUCUUCUGGUAACUGCCUGGAAAGCAAUUGAGCAACGAGAAAAAGAAGCAGAAACAUUUUACAAAUCAGAAUCGUCAGAGGACGAGGUUGAAGAGGAAACAAGGAGUAUUGAUGUGCAGGAAAAUCAUACUGACUUGAAAAAUAAUGAAACUACUGAAGAAACUAUUUCAUUGACCACUCAAGACCAAAACAAUGAACAUGAAGACAUGAGUAAGUGUAGUGAAGGGUCAGAGUUAACCAAAUUAGAGAACAAUGUUGGCAACUCUGCUGGAAAAUCAGAAGCUUCAGUUUAUAGUAAAAGUUUUGCAACAGAAUUUAGUAAUAAAACAGAGAAUAAUGAAAGCAAUAAUCUAAAGUGUGACCUAGAUGUUGAGAAAACUUCUCUAAUUAAUAGCGAGGUGGUACAAGACUGUGCUCAUAAAGAAACUGAAGUAAAUCACAUAAAUUCUGUGAAAGAAUUGGAAGGUGAAAUACAUCGUUGUGCAAACAAAAAAGACAGUUUGGCCAAUGAUGAUAUAAAAGACAGUGAUCUUUCCAAAGAUGACUAUUGUACUAAAAAGGAAGAAUCUUCAGUAGAUGAACCCAACAAAAUGUCCUCAUGCAAUUUAAAUUCUGUAGACAGUUUACCCAACACAGAAGAAUUUAGUUUAAGGUUAAGUGAAUCUCAAUCAGAGUUAGACUCUUUAUCAAAAUCAAAUGAACAAUAUAUUAAUAUAAGUACCAUUGAAAGGCAUGAAAAUCCAAUCAUAAAUCAUACUGAGUGUCCAAACAAUUACCAGAGUUCAAUAAUGGAAGUUGAUAAUGCAGAAGAGGAUAAAGAUAAAAAGAAUGAAGGUCAAAGUAUCAGUGGAAUGGUGACAAGUGAAAGUCAAAAUGAACAGAAUGAAGAAGUGAACUCUAAUGAUCAGUGUAAUAAUGAAUUUAAAAAACAAAUAGAAGAUGACAUGAAAGAAAAUAUUGAUUCAAAUAAAUUAUUAAAUACAACCAAUGAAAUUGACAAUAUUGAGUACAAACUUAGAAUGAAAUACAACUAUGAACCAAAGAUACCAGUCGCUAGUGCUCCGAAAAUAUCAGGUGCUGAAGAUGGUGUGAUUGAUUUAGAAGACAAAGUUGUGAAACCUGGAGUAGAUGGGCUCAUGGAGAGAUUUUAUACACAUUUGUCAUACAAGAAAAAACCUGUUAAAAAGAAGACAUCCCUUGAACUCAGUAUUGUGAGUGCAGAGACAGAUAAAGCGGGCCAUGUUAGUGCCAUCAAGGAGGAGAUUGUGAAGGUGCUGGUGGGGAGUGAGGAGACAGAGGAAGAUCCUACUCUGGCUAAACCUGGUGCCAAGUUGGCGCGACUACGGACUCACCUACGGGCCGAGAUGUGUCGCCAACGUGAAGAACAGUGGAGCAAGAAGCAGCAGGAGCAGCGUUUGUACGAGGACGAGAUUUAUGAAGGGGAAAAGGAUGUUUGUGAUGCUCUUGAUGAGGAUAAUGAUAAUGAAGAUGGCAGUAAAAGUGAUGGAGAAGAGUCAGAAGAGGAGGAGGAGGAGGAGGAAGAAGAAGAACUAGAAGAAGACGAUAUUGACAUGUCAGAUAAGAAAAAUAAGAAAAAGAGUGCAUUUGUUGAUGAUGAAGCAGAAGAAUCUGAUGAUGGUGUUGUGAAAGAUGGCGAAGAAGAAUCGUCUGAUUCUUUUAUCAAGAGACCAGCUCAAAAGAAAAUACCACUAAAGAGAACAAAUACAGAAGACAUGUUCUUAUCACAGGAACUUUUAAAAUCAUCUAACAGUAUUGAGGAAGAUGAACUUCAAGAGGAACUUCCAUCCUUCCAAAAGCCACGUCCUGUGGAAGAGAAGGCAGAAGAGAUGGAAGGGUCUGAGACUUCUUCCGUGUGUCCUUCCCCUGCCUUCCAGUUGACAGCCUUGGAAGGGAAGGAUGUGAACAGAUUUAACUGGAGUGCACCCACUACACCUUGCAAGGACUUUCUCAGUCCGAAAACUGUGACACCCGUGAGAGGUCUUUUGCAACAGCUGAUUGAGAGAUCUCCUUCUGUUGGCUCCCAAGACUUGGAGAACCUCUGCUCUGGACAAUUUGUAUCACAGCCUGUACACGAUGCAGAGGAGAAUAACACUCAGGAUUUCCAGCUGUUUCUGGCAGAGGACUCACAAGUUCCACCAGACCAUGCUACUCCAGUGAAAAUUCUGCCUGAAGCCCAGAGGAAGAGUUUGGAUGGGAAAGAUGACAUGAGAUCAUUGCUGGUUGAUGAUGAUGAAGAGUUAGCUGAUACAUUAGUGAAUAAGAAAGUGAAGAAACUCAUCUUUUCAGAUGAUGAAGAUGAAGGUGAAAACAGUCAGCAGAGGCAGGGCAAUUUGGCGGAAAGCGAUGUUGAAGACGAAGAUGGUGAAGUAAACUUGCCUGCGGAGGAAGUGGACUAUGAUUCUGAGGAGAAUGAAGUGGUCAAGACGGCCGGGGACUUCCUGGACAAGGAGGCAGAACUGUCAGAGGAAGAGUGGGAGAGUGAGGAUGAGGACGAGAGAGGUCUGGACACUCUGGAGAUGGAGGAAGCAGAUCGGGAGCACAUAGACCAGCGGCGACUUCAGCGAGAGUUGGGCCAGAUGCACAUGAAGCAGAUGCUGAUAGAGGACAAGAAAGACAUCCGACUAUUGCAGGAGAUGCUGUUGGAGGAUGGAGAACUACAUUCAGAAGGAAGAAGGCAGAGACUGUUCCGAUGGUCCAACAACACUUUUGGAGAGGAAGAUAACAAAGCCCAGAUAGACUCUGAUGACGACAAUGCUGAUGAGGAUGAAGAUGAAGAGAGUUGGCGAAGAUCACGACAUGAAAGAGAACAAUAUCUUAAGGAACACAAGAAAAAGGUGGAGCAGCUGGAGCUGGUGGUGGAGGAGGAAUCAGACAGUCAGCUGCUGAAGUUGGGACAGAAAGCUCUCAAGAGAAUGAGCAGUAGUAGUCAAGAGACCAAACUUACUCCCACCGUGGACCCACUGGCCUCACCUAACCCUAAGAAGCCCUUCCAGCAGUUGCUGAAGAGAGGCUCGUUCCUGACAAGAGGGGAGCAGGUGCUGUCUCGCCUUGCGCAGAUGGUGGCCAGCUCAGAUGCUACAACCAAUGUUAACCAACCGAAGAAUUCCCGCAACUUUGUCUUUGCCUCCAUCAGCCCCACCAAAGAUAAAGGGGAAGAACCCAAGCCUAUCCAGCCAACAAAUAAAAGGAAGAAAUUAGAGUUGCCUCUGCCGAUACCCAAGAAGAUGUGUGUCCAGAAACCAAAGACAGCCAACAAGAAAAGUCUUUUUGAAGCACUUUCAAAAGUUCAAAGUUGACAUUAACGUAACAAUUUUAACAUAGUUGAUUUGUAUAAUUUAAAUGUAAAUGUGUAAAUAUUAGAUUUGGAUGUAGUUUAUAGAGUACUUUUGUAAUAAAAAAAACUUUAUUUUUUAGAUAGUUUUGUAAAUUUUAUCAUAUAACUUAAACUGUACUGGCAGUUGAAAAGCAAUUACAUAAAAUGUCAUGUGAUUUCACUAGACCAUACAUUUUGGCUGGCAAGAACAACUGUGUUGGUCUGGCAACUCCAGAAUCUCACCAAGUCACCUACAGCUGUGACCCUUAGUGGUCCUGUGGUUUUCUUCAUGGUGCAACAAAUUAUACUUUAAUGGUAGUUUAAGUGUUUAUAGAAAGUCUCUGAGAUGAUUCCCAAUCUAUUUCAGGACAACAAUGUCAUCUUCCAUGUGUUUUAUCCGUUUAAAAAUGUAUAAUUGUUUCCAACAUGUAAUUAGAGUUGUGAAAAAUAUAAUAUGAACCUCUUUAAAUAUG